GAGUCUGUACGAUGAAUUCUACCGCAAUGAUACUAUCAAUUGUGUUCAUGACUUUCUUUUGCGUCAACCAGGGAGGCGCGGAAAGCAAACGAUCAGACGACUCCAGCAACUGCCAACUGUCGAUGAGUAAAUCUGGGCCAUAUACGUGCAAAGAAGUGCGCAGCUGCAACACUGACAAACGAUCUUAUGGGACAUCAGAUAUCACUGAAUAUUAUUGCCCAAAACCAACCUGUGCAAAAAAGGUUGAAGGAAAGUGCGGUUGGGAGGUUUGUGCUUGUGAAGAUUACCGAGGAAUAUCUCAAGUUGGCAAAUCUUUCUUCUAUUGGGAAGAGAAUAAACCAGGCAUCAAUUACAAAUGUUCUUGUCUUGGAGACCCUAAGAUCCUGUCCAUUUGCGGUGCAAGUUGUGAAAUAGUUAUGGGCCCUGAAAGAGUGACAGUACAACCUCCGCGCAGGCCUCCUCCGAGGUUCCCACCAUUUCCACAAGGAUGGUAGGAGCGGAAAAACACUGCCACAUUGAUAGUUUUCAUCAUGGUCGUUACAUUAGGACUUGAUGGUUAAAAGAAAUCGAGAGACGAGAUUAAUAGUUUACGAUAUUUUAAGGCGAUUAAUGACAUAUUAAACUUGAAUGGGAACAAUA